AUGAAAUUCGAAGCCCGACGCUCUUUACUUGUCAUCUUGAGUUCUCUCUGCCUCUCUGCAGUAGCAACUGACCUGCAGGGUAAACUAUACCACGAUGAUGCUCUCAUCCUCCGACGAGCCACCCCUGUAAGGAACGGAACCCACGCGGCAAGUGUCGUACCCUCAUCCAGUCGCCGCCCCUCUCUUCCGCUUUCGACAGCCCGCUCCUCGAGUAUCCGCGCAUCUCGUAACCCCUCGUCCGCCCCUCGUUCGUCUGCCGCACCCACCAUCACGAGCCCCCCUCGCUCAUCAGCAGCACCCACGAGCACUGCCGCACCAGCGACCACUACCGUCAGCAAUGGAGACACCAUCGUUGUCCCCGUAGGCGUUGUCGUAGUCGGCGGGCCUGGUGGCGGCUUCUUCACCGUCGCCGGUGCCGCUGCCGGCGCCGCCCCGGUUGCUGUGGCGGCCGGCGCAUCCGCCACCGCUGGCUCUCCGUCUGGCGACAAACCUGACAACCCCGACGACCCGGAAAAGCCGCCUAGCUCGUUACCCGAGGCGCCAUCUUCCGCGCCUCAUUCUUCUGCACCUCCGUCUUCCAGCUUGGAACCAACAAGUUCGGAACCCCCGGCGAGUACCUCGAGCGCCGCACCGAGCGGGACGCCAGCGCCGCAUGUCAUUUACCCAAAGGACGGCGCCACCGACCAGGACAAGAAGGACUUCCUCGCACUGAUCGACAAAGAGCUCGGUAAAGGGAAUUAUAGGACAACAUCCGGUAGGAAGGUCACGUUCGUCGCCGCCAACAUCACAACCACGCAACGUGACACCCUAAUCAAAAAUCCUCUGGUUGGCGGAGUCGAGCCCGACGAAAAAGACCGCACCAAUCAUGGCGCAUCAGUGCUUGUCACGGAAAGAGAACCCAGCGAAGACGUCCACGAGAAGUGGUGGAUGGAGUCGCUGGACAAGCUUGGAAGAAUUCAAAAGCGCGCCGUGGUUAAGCAAGGCAAUGCCCCAGCCGAACUCGUCAUGAUUUCUCAGCCGCCGGGUGUAGACCUCAAAAGUCUCAACAGCUAUUCAUACGAUGAUAGUGCUGGAGCCGAGAUUACCGUCUACGUUCUUGACAGCGGAUACUAUGCCAAGAAUAGUACUCAAGUGAAUGGCCAGGAAUACACCGGUAUGGCAGUAAAGCCCCGCUGGAUUUUCGCGGGCUCUCAAGAAGAAAAGUCUGUCGAAGAGGAUCUCGACCCCGAUGGACACGGCACCUGCGCCGGAUCCAAGGUCAACGGCCCCAAGUACGGAGUCGCGAAGAAGGUCAACCUCGUCAUUGUCAAAGCCUCAACGCAGGCCUCCGAUACCGACGAUGCCCUAGACAGAAUAGUGGAAGACGUAAGGCUCAAGAAGCUCCAGGGCAGAGCCAUUGUGAACCUCUCACGCUGCCGCGAGAAUAGCACAUCUGAAUUCAGCAAGAGAACGAUGAGAGAAUACAUCAACGAAAUGAUUGCCGAGGACAUUAUCGUUAUUGCGGCGGCCGGAAAUGAUAACCGUCCUGAAAUAGCUAAAGGAGCGCCAGCUGCCGAUGUCAACAGUUGGCCCGGUUUGAUGGCUGAAGACGGCGUACCAGUCAUCAACGUCGGAGCCGUCGACAACACUGGUAAGAAUGCCAGCUUCUCUCAAGGAGGACCUCUGGUUCACGUCAUGGCGCCUGGUGUUCAGCUCCAGUGCGCUGCCAAUUCCUUCUUCUCUGGCACGCGGAAGAAUGACGGAACGUCUUUUGCCGCACCCGCCGUCGCCGGCCUCGCAGCCUAUCUUCUCGCAGUAGGCGAAUACCCGGAACUGUACGAAAUUGGAAAGGUGGCAGCCAACAUGCAAAAGCUGCUCAUGGACAUGGCUUAUCAAAGAUCUCCCGACGGCGGUCAGGUUGUCUUCAACGGUCAGGGUGCCGUCUGCAACCGUCCUCGCAGUGCCAAGUUCAAAAGACAGGACCUCAAGGGCGAGGCAUGCUCAGUCGUCUCCUCGACCACUACCCUCGCGCCAACGCCAACCUCUGCCCCUCCCAAGCCUCCGGCAACGAGCAGCAAGCCGCCCGCUUCAUCGUCGCCGCCGCCGCCACCGCCGCCUCCGCCUGCGCCCAAGACCCUGGCCUCGCUGAAUGAGCAAGUCGGCAGUGGUAGUCUAUCAUGCUUCCCCAUGAACGACUUCACUGCCACAGCCGGAACGACAUACGGCUUCUCUUUCGACGUAGACCCGAAUAUGAUCGUGAGCAUCCAGACCGGCUCGACGGACGAGGGAUAUCACCAGUCCAAGGGACCAUGGACAGGUACCUUCCUCGCCGAGUCAACCGCUUCAAUCAAAGUCUGCGGAUCCGGUUCUGGUGCGUUGGCCUUCAAGGUUACCGAGGAGCCCUCAGAAGCCGUCAAAGCGCCGGCCGGUAAGGAAGUCUUCAAGCUGGACGAAAAGGUUACAGCCGGCGCAACAUCAUGUUUCCCGACGACUGGUCUGAACAUACAAGAGGGCAACUACGGCUUCUCGUAUACCACGUCCGACGGCAUCGAGAUCCAGAUCGGAGACGACAGUUCCGGCCCGAAGUACUUCACCGGAAACAGGGCCAAGGGUGCUGGGUUGAUGUACAUUGACUUUUCGGGGGGUAGCAUCUCGAUUUGUGCGAAGAACAACGGCGGUUCGGAGGCAUCUCUCUCUUUGAGCAUGACCCAGUAA